AGAUUAUAAAUAUUUUAAUUAAUUUAUAAGUUAAUGGAAAAGUUACCUAGAUUACGGUUUCCCAGAAAAGCUGCAUCUUCAGUAAAAACGUCUGAAGAUUUUCUACAUCUUUAUACAGACUGUUGGUGUCCAAGAGCUUCAUCAGUGUUCAAUUUAUUGUUAUCAGCAAGAAUAACUGCCUCGUUUAUUUCUACUAUAUCUGAUUGUGAUGAAACCUUUAACUACUGGGAACCAACACAUUACUUGCUUUAUGGAACAGGACUUCAAACUUGGGAAUAUUCACCUGAUUAUGCUUUGCGUUCAUAUGCUUAUUUACUCAUUCAUGUUUUACCAGCGCAGAUAGUUCAACAGUUUUUUGGUGCCAAUAAAAUAACUGUUUUCUAUUAUAUUCGAUUUUUUCUCGGUGUUAUAUGUGCAGCUUGCGAAACAUACUUUUUUACUUCUUUAGCCCAUCACUUUGGCAAUCAUGUUGCAAGGCUAUAUUUUUUAAUUGCAGCUUUUAGUGCUGGCAUGUUUGUAUCAUCUACAGCUUACCUUCCAAGUUCAUUUGCAAUGUAUAUGGUUCUAGUUGCAUAUGGUGGUUGGUUUAAAAGAAAUUUUCUAUUAGCAAUAUUGGGUAUUGCACUUGGGGCAUUAGUUGGUUGGCCAUUUGUUGCUUUGCUGGGUAUUCCAAUUGCCUUUGAUCUAAUAUUUUUUCAGAGACAAUUUUGGCAGUUUUUAAAAUGGUCAGCAUUUAUUUUUGUUGGCAUAAUGAUACCUUUAGUAUCAAUUGAUACACUUUUUUAUGGCAAACAAGUGAUAACUCCAUUAAAUAUUAUUCUAUACAAUAUAUUUACAAAUGACGGACCCAGUUUAUAUGGAGAAGAAUCCUGGACAUUUUAUUUUAUCAACUGCUUCUUGAAUUUUAAUAUUGUGUUUCCUAUUGCUGUUGUUUCAUUACCAGUCUGUCUGUUGGUUGACUGGCUUAGGAAUACGCCUAAAGAUGUGCUUUUGUUACCAUUUUGGUUGGUAUUGUCACCUAUAUAUCUUUGGUCUUUAGUAUUUUUUACUCAACCUCAUAAGGAGGAACGGUUUAUGUUUCCUAUUUAUCCUUUAAUCAUUGCCAGUGCAUGUAUAGCAUUAUCUAAAAUUCAGGAGUUAUAUCAUUCAAUCUUUACAAGAAGCAAACGGCAGCAUUAUGCUAGUUCAUCAAAUUGGAUUGUUGCUGCAGUAGUUAUUAUCUUUGGAUUACUAUCAGUAUCUAGAGUUGUUGCUCUUUUUGUAGGUUACAGGGCGCCAUUAGAUUUGUAUCCGGAAUUUCAUAACCUUGUAAAUCCUUUUGACCCAAGUGUAAAACCAAUGAUUCGCGAAGACCAGAAGAUUAAUGUUUGUGUUGGAAGAGAAUGGUACAGAUAUCCAAGCAGCUUUUUUUUACCAAACAACUGGAAUUAUCUGUUUAUUAAGUCUGAGUUUAGUGGACAGCUUCCUCAACCAUUUGCAGUAGGAGCUGAUGGGACAAAGGUAGUUCCUAAAAAUAUGAAUAGUAAAAACAUUGAGGAGCCCUCAGCUUAUAGUAACAUUGAGGAUUGUGAUUUUCUGGUUGAUGUGAAUUUACAAACAGACAGUCAACACGAGUUAAAUUUUUCUCUAAUGAAGAAGAAGUGGCAUAUUUUACAUUCCAAAAAGUUUCUCUAUGCAUCUAACUCGUCAUCCUUGUUUCGAGCAUUUUACGUGCCUUUCUUCUCCUCAAAAUACACAACUUUCAUAGACUAUAAUCUACUUAAAGCAAAUCGUAAUCGAAGAAUAUUCAAGCGACAAAAAGAUGAAGAAACAGUAGAUUUUUAACAUAAUUUUCUAAUGUAAAUUGUGUUUGGAAAAGAACUAGGAAUUUUCGAUAAAA